CCGCGCGCACCACGCGUCCCGCGAGCCCGCCCGCUCUCGCACUCGCCCGCCGCUCGCCCCGUGUGUGUGUAUCACUGAAAAACUACUCUACGCAUAUCAAACUGCAUCAAUACAUAUCUUAACAAAGUUUGUGACUGCUCGCCUACUGGAUCACAGUUAACUAUGUUUCAAUAUCGACAUUGUGGCAAUAACUAAAAACUUAGUGUUAUAAUCUUGUGUUCAUUUAGACAUAUCUAUGUACCAUAUCAAUAAGUGUUAAGUGUGUGAAUUUGAUUGAGUACGAUUUGAGUGAAAAUGUCCGAGCGCUUCAAGGUGACGAAGUUUGACGAGCCCUCGGGGAAGACGUAUAAGAACUAUGGAGCAACGUCGGCGGAAAGCGACGUUGAACUAAAGGGAAAACUUCUGCAAGACUCAGGUGACACGGAUGAACAUGGCCUGCCGAAAGACAAGGACAAAGGAUAUGACACCAACCUCUAUCUUUAUCAUGAGGAGAUGGAAGAUCGGCCCCGCGCGGCCACAUUCCUCAGCUCUCUGGCAGACUACUCCAAUACAAUCCCGACGGCGUCGACUGCGGACCCCGACGCCGCGAAGCCUGCGCCGCCGGCACGCAUGGGCACCCUCAUCGGCGUCUACCUGCCCUGCAUACAGAACAUCUUCGGCGUCAUCCUCUUCAUCCGUCUCACCUGGGUGGUCGGCACCGCCGGCGCUAUACAAGGCUUCUUAAUUGUACUUACUUGCUGUUGUACGACGAUGUUGACGGCGAUAUCGAUGUCUGCGAUCGCGACGAAUGGUGUGGUGCCGGCAGGCGGAUCUUACUUCAUGAUCGGGCGCUCGCUGGGCCCUGAAUGUGGUGGCGCGGUCGGCAUGCUAUUCUAUACGGGCACCACGCUCGCCGCCGCCAUGUAUAUCGUUGGCGCCGUCGAGAUAGUACUGACAUACAUGGCCCCGUGGAUGUCAAUCUUUGGAGAUUUUACAAAGGACCCCGACGCAAUGUACAACAACUUCCGCGUGUAUGGAACAGGACUCUUGCUUAUAAUGGGCAUGGUGGUGUUCGUCGGUGUGAAAUUCGUCAAUAAAUUCGCAACUAUCGCCCUCGCCUGUGUCAUUCUCUCUAUCAGUGCUGUCUACGCUGGAAUCUUCGUUAAUUUCAACGGAAACACUAAACUUCAAAUGUGCGUUCUCGGAAAACGUUUACUUAAGGAUAUAAACAUAGAUAACUGCACAAAGGAUGUCGGUGGCGAACUCCAUCAAUUGUUCUGCCCUAAUAACUUGUGCGACCCUUACUAUGCGGCUCAUAAUGUUAACAUUGUACAAGGAAUUAAGGGUUUGGCUAGUGGAGUUUUCUUUGACAAUCUUCAAGAUUCAUUCCUGCAACUUGGACAGUAUAUCGCUUACGGCAAGGAACCCGACGACAUUGAACAAAUGGAGAGACCUACUUAUAAUCAAGUGUAUGCCGACUUGACGACUACUUUUACCAUUUUAAUAGGCAUAUUCUUCCCAUCGGUUACUGGUAUUAUGGCGGGAUCGAAUCGUUCCGGUGAUUUGGCUGACGCUCAAAAAAGUAUCCCGAUUGGAACCAUUUGUGCGAUUUUAACAACUUCGACGGUCUAUCUAUCUUGUGUCUUGCUCUUCGCGGGGACUGUUGACAACCUAUUGCUUCGUGACAAAUUCGGUCAAUCUAUCGGAGGUAAACUGGUAGUGGCGAACAUGGCUUGGCCAAAUCAAUGGGUGAUAUUAGUAGGCUCAUUCCUCUCGACUCUUGGAGCUGGUCUGCAAUCAUUAACUGGAGCUCCUCGUUUACUGCAAGCAAUUGCUAAAGAUGAAAUUAUACCGUUCUUAGCACCUUUUGCUGUUUCUUCUAGUAGAGGUGAACCUACACGGGCCCUGCUCCUGACAAUGUUGAUCUGCCAGUGUGGCAUUCUGCUUGGCAACGUCGAUAUCCUCGCACCACUGCUGUCUAUGUUCUUUUUGAUGUGCUACGGUUUCGUUAAUUUGGCUUGCGCUCUACAAACUCUUUUAAAGACACCCAAUUGGCGCCCGAGAUUUAAGUAUUACCACUGGUCUCUGUCACUCGCUGGUUUGACCUUAUGCAUUUCAAUUAUGUUUAUGACAUCGUGGUUCUACGCUUUGAUUGCCAUGGGUAUGGCUGGACUUAUCUAUAAGUACAUUGAAUAUCGUGGAGCGGAAAAGGAAUGGGGCGAUGGUUUACGCGGUCUUGCACUUUCGGCUGCACGUUACUCUCUGUUACGUCUAGAAGAAGGUCCUCCACACACUAAGAAUUGGCGGCCACAAGUUUUGGUCCUUGCGAAACUUAACGAUGAUUUGAAUCCAAAAUACCGUAAAAUGUUAGCAUUUGCGAGUCAACUUAAAGCAGGCAAAGGAUUGACAGUUUGCGUCUCUGUGCUCGGUGGUGACUUCCCCCGACGUUCUGGAGAAUCGCUGACAGCCAGACAAAAUCUCCGGAAAGCCAUGGAUGCAGAAAAAGUUAAAGGCUUCGUAGAUGUUCUUGUAUCACAUAAUAUCGCUGAUGGACUUAGUCACUUUGUCCAGACAAGUGGGUUGGGAGGGCUCAAGCCAAACACUGUAAUACUUGGUUGGCCUUAUGGUUGGAGGCAAUCUGAAGACAAACGAACCUGGGAAGUAUUUCUAGAUACCGUGCGCGCUGUCACCGCUGCUCGAAUGGUCAUGCUUGUACCGAAAGGAAUCAACUUCUUCCCUGAUAGCACUGAAAAGGUUGCUGGGAACAUUGAUAUUUGGUGGAUAGUUCACGACGGCGGUAUGUUGAUGUUGUUGCCGUUCCUGCUGAAGCAGCACCGCACCUGGAAGAAUUGUAAGAUGCGCAUAUUCACUGUUGCGCUGAUGGAAGACAACUCUAUACAAAUGAAGAAAGAUCUCAAGAUGUUCCUCUAUCAACUUCGUCUUGAAGCUGAAGUAGAAGUAGUUGAAAUGACUGAUAGUGACAUCUCUGCUUACACCUAUGAACGAACUUUGAUGAUGGAACAACGCAACCAAAUGCUGCGCGAACUUAGACUGAACAAAAAAGAAACACUUGGGAUGAUGCAAAAUUUGGUGGACUAUCACGAACCAAACGCCGAAGAGAAGUUGCCUCUGGUGCAAGCGAUUGUUGACCAUCACCACGCCGACGUGAAGACAGCUAGCAAGGUUCGAUUCGCGGAACCGGGAACUGGUGAGCCUGGCCCUGAAGAUGCACCUUCGCCACCAUUGACCGACAGCGAUGAAAAGGACAAGGAUGAUAAGUCGCAGUGCGAGGGCGCACCGUCCCCGCCGCUCGAUGCCGACAGGAACAAGGAAGCUGGCGCCAACGGGGACGUCCUCAACUCCAAACCUAACCUCCCCAACAUCACGCCUGACGAGGGUACAGUGAGGAAGAUGCACACGGCAGUGAAGCUGAACGAAGUGAUCGUGUCGCGGUCUCACGACGCACAACUAGUGAUACUCAACUUGCCCGGCCCGCCGCGAGACACUGAGCUAGAAAUGGAAUCCAACUACAUGGAAUUCCUGGAAGUGCUGACGGAGGGGCUGGAGAAAGUGCUGAUGGUGCGCGGUGGCGGCCGCGAGGUCAUCACCAUCUACUCGUGAACGCGACGCGCAACCCAACACACAAAUUAUGGCAAUACUAAAUUAAUCUUAAUCGAUACAAAUCGAACGAAGUAUCGAUUACGCAAAUACGCGUCUCUACUAUAAUGUCUUUUUGUGAUUGUUCAAAAUUAGCAACAUUUAUGUUAUUAGAGCAUUGCUCUUGAAAGACUAUAGGAAAUUAAGUUCUUAUAUUUGUUUUAGACCAUUGUAUUUAUGACUUGUUUCUUUACAAGAUCAAAUGACGUAAGUUUGAUUCUUAAGUGUUAGAUUAGAUCUAAAUUUUGUUGAAUUUGGAGCUUAGUAUGGUAAUUUUUAAAAUUUAUUCAAUGUUGAUUAUGUAUGAGUACUUCGUAUGAAUCUGAUGAGGAGCCUUACCUAGACGUUAGCUCUACUUUCGUUUGUUACAUAGUGUAGCUAAGUACACUCGGUAGUCACUUUGUUACGGUACGUGUCAUAUCGUUUUUAAUUUUAUGGUUGUUACAAACAUAUUUACUUCUAAAUAAAUUGACUUUACUUUUAUUUUCUAUGCAUAUUAAAAAAAAACGUAGUCACUUUGUAAUCGUAUACAAGACCGUAAACAAUUUUAUCUAUAUGUGAAAUGUAUUUUGUAAAUAGAUAUUCUGUUCUAAGAUUUUACAUCUGCUCAACUUAAAACUUACCAUGGGACUGAAGAAUCAAAUUUAUAUAUUUAAUUCCUUAUAUUCUGGUAAAUGUAGAGAUGAAUAAAUUAAACGUAAUAUCUAGUCACUUGCUGCAGUUGCUGUGCAGACGGAGAUAGCUGAAUCAAUUACAAUUGGUCCUUUUUAAUCUUUAUCAGAAUAAUAAUGGAUUCGACUUCAUUUAAAAUAAUCGUGGUUACCUCAUGUGAUCACACCAUGGUUUUAUGAUGAGUAGAUUCAAAUUUAUCUACUGCAUUUGGGACAUUGAAAUUUUUUCUGCAAGGUAGAUAUUACUAUCUGUUAUUUAGGAUAUCUAUCGAGUUAGAUAAAUCUUGUGGCAACAUACCGUUAGUGUCUAAACUUGUAAACUUAUUACGCACAUUCGCGUAGAUAGAUGAUUUCUUACUGUGAUGCUUUAUAUUUAACGUUAUGGUCAUCAGAACUUUUACUAUAUUUUAACUGUUGGAGUAAAGUUAGGUGCGAGUGGUGUGAUUUUAUUAGUGCGACUUUGUAGCGUCAUUUCCUAAGUACGGUGAUAUACGCACGAAGGAGACGCUUAUAAAAUUAUAAUACGUUUAAAAUUACGACACAAUUCAAUAUUAUUAAGUUCGGAUGUUGUCAGAUAUGUGUCGUGCACUGAAGUUAUAAAUAAGCGUAGAUGAUUCCUAGAAAUUAUUUAAUUAAUAUAUUUCUUCUGAAUGAAGUAAUCAAUGAUACGUAGAUACUAUAAAAUAUUUUACAUUGAUCUAAAACUGUCUAAAUAUAUAUAUUUAUUUGAACGUUUCAAAAAAACUUUUAAAACCUAUAUUAAUAUCAUUAUAUGUUUAUACUGUGUGUUAAAUAUGAAAGUAAAGCAUUGUGCCAUCCUUUUAUGGCUGAACCCUUCACAUAAAAACUAUUCGUCAAUUUUAAUUUGUAUAACUCCGUAUUUAAAAGUAAUUAUACAUUCUAUAUAAAGUUAGGUAACUGCCAAAUAGGAGUCGAUGUCUUAUCCUAGUCCUUAAGAAGUUAGCAAUUAAUUCUAAACAAUUUCAUGGUUCAAAAUUUCAUAUUCCUAGGAGAUUAGAUCAACUAAUAAAAUAGUAAUAAGAAGUCUAAUGCAUGAUAUCACUUUUGAUUAUUAAUAGUUAGAGAAAAUAGUGUCGUAGUUUCAGCAUUUGAAGUGUUGACAAAACGUUUUCCGCUCUAACGGAUCGUAUAUUUAAGGCGAAUUAGAAUUCGUUACUGUCUUAAAGUUCAAGUUGGAUUUGAGUCUCGUUAAAAGUUUCCUAUCAGUGACAUCUUUGACAGCAGCAUUCUUAAUUGAGAGAAUUCCAAAUCAAUUCCUGCUCUGUAAGCUCCGCUUAUUCGACUGCUCGCUCGAAAACUGCCGUUUAUUUUCACUGUUAACUUAAUUCGUGAUAAUUUGUGUGAUCUUCAGAGAAAAGAUUCAUUCAACUUAAGUAAAUUCUACUUAAUGAAAUUAAGUCUAAAUGAUUCUAAAUAUUGUACGGCUGUUUUAAAUUACAUAAACUUUUAAUUAUCAUCACUUAGUGAUAUAAAAAAUAAAAUUAUAUUACAUAAUAUAAUAUUUACUUUCAAAUAGAGAAUUACCAUAUAUAUGAAAUGAACAUGAUUUCUAAAAAAUUUAUGCCUAUCAAUAGGCAAUUAAAGUUUUUCUAUUCCAGUAAAAGAUGUUAAAUAAAACUAAAAUGCUAUCCUGCCAGAGUGUACCUUUGACAUCUGAUUCUUCAUUUCAAGAAAGUACAAGAAACAAUAUUUAAAUCAAAUAAAAAUCUCCCAGUAAAGAUUUAAUCCAUUAUUUUAUUUUUAAGUCGAACAAAUAUAUCGCAGAGCCAUAAUUAUAACUUACUGUAUUAGAUUAUUUAUAAGUUAUCAGUUUAGUUUCCUUAAAGAACAAUUUCUAAUAUUAAUAGUAUACAUUUAUGCCGAUUUAACGUUUGCUUUUUUUAUUUCAUGCAUAAUAUAAAAAUACCGAACGUCACGUAUAAUGUGCCAAAACUUGUAGUCUUGAAGAGUUGUAUUACGCUGUGGCAAUACUAAUAAACCUAGGUUAUUCUACAUAAGUAGAUUUGACUAAGGUCAAUUGAAAUAAAAGCGUUAAAGUAUGCGUCUAAUGAGAAUGUAUCUGUUCACAUAGAUAUUCAAAAUUACAUUGUGUGUUAGAACUGUCACUUUAAAGGUAAUUAAAUAUUAGUAAAUCAUGAAAAUGCACACAUUUCUUCGAAUAGCUAAAAUCGUGUUUGUUAUUUCAAAUUGUUAAUUAUAAUUAAUUAUGAUAAAUAAAUUCAAUUUUAAUCAGUUUAAGUUUAAGGCUGCAUUCAGCCUAGGCACAAUCACUAAAAUGAAUUCAGGCUAGAAUUGCUGUGAUACACGAUUUGGCUAUAAAAUUUUAAUGUCUUCGACGAUCACCACGAAUAACAAUUAUGGGAAUUGUUUUAAUUUGAUUGUAUUUACAAUGACAUAUAAAAAUUAGGCGGCAAAUUCGAAUUAAGAACGUUCGGAGUUUUCAACACAACAAACGCAUUUUUGUUUCUAAUUGUUUUUUUUUUAUAAAUUAAUAAGAUAAACACUCGAGUUCAAUUAAAUAUCGAUACUUGUAUUAUUUACAUUUACAUAUAUAAUAAUCUGGAUAGAGAUUUUAUUGAAAAGUAUUUUGAAUUGUGAAAAUCAGUUUAAAACUAUUUAAAAUAAUCAAAUAAUAAAUCUAGUAAACUAGUGAGUUAAUAUAAGAGAUGUUAUGAGU